UACCUUUAAGCUUUAACUUUUGCUACAAACUUCAAUUCAUUUUACAUAUCAUUCGAUCAUAUUCCUUUCUUUCUCCAUGCAACUACCACUUAUACUUCAAAUCCCAUUCCUCUCAUAAUAUCUUAAAAUACCGCAAUCAUCUUCAUGAAAAAUACAAACACUCCAACUAUAUACACAUCCCCUCACCUCUCAUCCACAUACAUACAAAUCAAAAAAAGAAAAGAAAAAAUAGAAAAGUGUUACGAGUUAUGAACCGGCCGAACCACCUUCCGAUCAACCGAGACGACAACGUUCAACGACCGUACUACCAACGAACCCACACGGUCCGGUACUACGCCCAUCGGGUGAAGGAGAGUCUAAGCACUAGAGUCUCAAAGUUCAUAUGCACCAUCUUUUUACUUGUUUUUGUUGUUGUGGGCCUGGUUGUGUUUAUCACUUGGCUUGGGCUUCGUCCACAUAGGCCCAGAUUUCAUAUCCAGCAGUUUUCAAUUCCGGCUUUAACUCAGGCCCAACAGUCUGCUCCCCCUGAAAGUGCUCUUGUCAAUUUCAAUGUUACAAUCCGCAAUCCAAACCAUAAGGUUACAAUCCACUACUAUUCAAUAGAAUGUGCAGUUUAUUACAGAGACCAGAUGAUUGGUGGGAUCCCAUUAGUAACGGAGGAGUUUGAUCUAGAAUCAAAAACCACAAGAAUUCUUAAUACGGGGUUAACGGUAACGGUAAAAAAUCACUGGAGGGAGUUGCAACAUGAUCAAGCGGCUGGUAAAACCCCAUUUCGGCUUCAGAUUACAUCAACCUUUAAAUUUGAGAUACUUUCGUGGGAUACUAAGAAACAUAAAAUGCAUGCUAAUUGUGCUGCUCAAGUGGGACCUACCGGUUCUCUCUUGCCUAUUUUAGCCGAUACUAAAUGCCCGGUUUACUUCACUUAAAUAAGUAGACUACCAUCGGACUCCGUUUCAAAAUACUUGUAAAAAUAUUUGACUUUUUACGGUGACAAACUUUGACCAUAUUACAUGACUUUUUGUUAAAAUUUCCAAUGGUCUUAUUAGGUAUUGUCAAAUAUAAAAGUCAUAAAUAUUAUAAGUAUUUAGAAUCGGGGGAGCGUAAUUUUUUAUUUUUAUUUUCCUUUCUUUCUUGGUGUGAUGUAAUUAUAUACGGAGUAUUGGAUUAAUUUCUCUUUUCAUAUUUAUUGUGAAUUCUUUUGAGGCUUUGUUAGCCUAAUUGUAAUUAGUUUUUUUUUCGAAUUGAUAUUGUAUUCUUUAUGCUGUUAAUUUUUAUUUUUUAUGGAAUUUAAUUGUCGA